GUAUUUUGGUAUUAUUGUAAAAACAUAAACAUAAAUGAAUAUAAUGGGACAGAUAUCGAUGCUAUUGUGGGCACACACAAAACAACACAACACAACACACAUGGCUCAUUCUUCAACUUCAGAAUCACACCCCUAAUCCAUUACCCCUAUCUCUUCUUCUUCAUUUUCUCCUUCUGCAAUUCCAAUUAAACCCAAAUCUUAAAUAUUGGAUUUUUUCAAUACCCUUUUGCUUAAUUAGCCUUUUUCUACUUUUUUUUUUCUCUAUUGGGUUUUUAUUUUUAUUCUUAUUUAUUUGAUCCGAAGGUUGAAUUGCAGAAGGGUUAUUGAUAUGUGUAUAUGAUUUAUCUACCGGAUUCUUCUUUUACUACUAUUCGUUGGCCAUGAAUUGGUCAUCCACUAUGGUUGUUUGGGAUUCAUCUGCUGUCAGUAUGGAGAUCGAGAGAUUUAUUCCGGUUGCAGAUCUUGGAUACAUAUUGUCGUGUCCUUGACAUACUUGGUAUGCCCUGCAAAAGAAAUGAUGGUUCCAAUGUCUCAAACAUGGAUUCCUUUGAUAGAUACAUAGCACAGUUUGAAAUUCCUAUAGGUUUAGAAUGACUUGAUUGGUAUGAUAGCAUUCCAAUUGUAGUUGUUAAUAGGUAGCAUAGAUGGUUGAAUACUGAAACCGGUAAGCGUGGAAGGUAAGAUUGAAGUUGUAAGUUGAUUUUGUUCGUCUUAUCAUGGUCGUUUGGUAAAAGGGCAAAUGACAAAAUGAACAUUUAAGACCUUGCCGAGGGAUAACAUUGAUGGUUUCAGCCAAGUUUUUUAAUCUUUUUAGCAAUAUAAAGCUCAGUAUUUAGUUACUUAAAUAUUAGGGAUGGGUUUGCCACAAAUACCGCAAAAUGAAGCUGCUGACAAGGUUGAACUUUUGGGUGUGGAUUCAAAUGGUUCACCUCAGUUUUCGGAUGCAAGCCCUUCUUCUAUAAGCAGCAUGAAUAGUGUAAACACUCAUGGGUAUGUUGCAUGUACCCUUGGAUCUUCAUUUGAUGAUUUCCCCAAGAAUGCCUCAUUGGAAAUGCCAAAUGUUUCUGAUGAGACAUUUUACAGAGGAGCCAUGGAAGUCACUUCCAAUGUCCACAGUUUGAAGAUUGAUUCAACAGAUAGAACUACUCUUUCUUCUUUGAAAGUCGAUCGAAAGGUUCAUACUCCUGCUUCCAGGAUUGUUGGUUUUGAAUCAGGCAGAACAAGUUCUCUAACUGAUGGAUUCACUGAAAUUCCAGUUGCAAAUCCUCAUUCUUCUUUUGCUAGUAUCCCUGCUAAUGACACUGAAUCUGCCACUUCAUUGGUUAGGAAGCGACUUUUAUCUCCGCUGAGUAGUAUGCUCUCGCCAAGUCAUUUCAAAGGCGAUUCUCUUGACAUAGGAUGCAUAAAUAACGAGUCUUUCUCCUUUAUUAACAAUGAUAAUGUCAGAAAAUCCAUUACACAAGAUAACAAGAAAGCAAAUAUUGGAUGCAAAACCAGUUAUACAAUGCCUUCUUGGUCCUUGACAAGUUGCUUUGAGCAGAAAAACAUGCAACAAAGUAGAGAAUCCAUUUUUCAAACUGACGGCCCUUUGCUGGAAAAUAGAGGUUUGAUAUCCGUAUCUCCUGUGAGCUCGCCACUUUCGUUGUCGCCUCUUGGUCCUAAAUUUUCCGAAAGAAUAAAAACUGCCGCUGGCCGCAGGAGUGACACUGAAGAGAUAAAGAAUUGUAAUAUAACUUUAAGGAGUUUAGAAGAGUCACUAGACAAUUCUAAUCCAGACCUUGUGUUAAGUCAUAAAGACGACGAUUUAGAAACUUCAUGUAAAUCUUUCGACGAUGUUGACUUCUUAUGCAAAGAUUUGUGUCCAUCUUCUUUGGAUGACAUUUCUGACAUGGGUUGGCCACAAUAUCAAGAAUCAACUCCCACCUCUAACUCCAUGAGGUUCACUAGAAGUUUGAGCGGACUUUCAGUCAGAAGGUCUUUGGUUGGUUCAUUUGAAGAGUCUCUUUUAUCUGGCCGGUUUGCAUCCGGAAACCAUAGUAAGAAAAUCGAUGGUUUUCUUGCCGUGUUAAGUAUUACUGGGGGGAAUUUCUCUCCUAAAUCACAAAAGCUUCCAUUUUCUGUUACUAGUGUGGAUGGAGAUUGCUAUCUAUUGUACUUUGCAUCCAUAGAUCUUACGGGAAAUUCUUCAUCAAACAAGUUUAGAGGCCAACUUCUGAAACGAGGGCUUAGAAAUGAUGAUUCACAAAUUGUCAAAAGCCGCUUCCGUAUACCGAUGAAAGGAAGGAUUCAGCUGGUGCUGAGCAAUCCAGAAAAGACUCCUCUUCACACUUUCUUUUGCAACUAUGAUUUGAGUGACAUGCCAGCUGGUACCAAAACGUUCUUGCGCCAGAAAAUCACUCUCGAGUCUUCCAGCUCAACUUCCCCUCAGAUGAAAAACAGUUCAACCGGUUCGGACAGUGGAAAUGACAAGGGGAUUCCACUAGUGCAAAAGAAUCACGACAUCCCGUGUAGUGAAGAAGUAAUGCACACAGAUGCAGAUGAUGUUGUAAAUAAAACAAAAUCUACAAAUCAAAGAAACACAAGGGGUUCUAGCUUGGGGAAUUUACUAAACAAAGAAGAUUCUUCCAAGAAAUCUAUUGAUCAUGGAAGUUUAACCGAUAAAUGUGAGAGGAAUGAAAGAAAGGAGUCUUGGGAGAAAACAUGCAAUGAAUCGGGGAAAUCAUUAAAUUCAUGUUUAAAGAACUCUAGUAGUGCUGGCCCACUUCGUUAUGCUCUCCACCUUCGCUUUAUCUGCCCUUUUCCUAAGAAGACCAAUAGAUCAGUUCAAAAAUGCAGAUAUAGUUCUCUUCCAGAAAAACCUGGAUUGGACAUGGAAGGCGAACGGAGAUUCUACUUGUGUAAUGAUUUAAAGGUUGUGUUCCCUCAACGUCAUUCAGAUGCCGACGAGGGAAAGAUGAAUGUGGAAUAUCAUUUCCCUGAAGAUCCAAGAUACUUCGACAUCAACUGAAAAUUCUAGUUUAUAUCCUCCUCUAAAGCAUGCUGCUUUUGCUGACCCUCUUGUACAUAGUCCUGGAAAAAUAGCACUCACACUCUUCCUUCUGUAAAUAUUUCAACAAUGUCAAUAAUUUAAUGGGUUAACUAUUUUCAAUUGCUUAAAUAAUUUAUCACUUAACAUGAAAAGUGAUGAUGAAAUGUUUAUAAGAUUUAUAUCAUAAAAACAUAUACUGUUCAUUCUCACUA